AUGGCUGAGAAUAGGUGCUGGAUCUGUUUAGUUGAUAAGACGGAUGAUGACGACAACGCGUGGUCUACGCCAUGCAGCUGCUCGUUGAUAGCGCAUAAGGAAUGCCUUCUCGUGUGGGUGCAAUCCAAGCUGAGUGACGACGCAGACAGUCCAGUGCAAUGUCCGCAGUGUGGAGAGCGCUACAGGAUAGUUACGCGUACUCCGCCGCUCCUCAGACCUCUGCGUUCUGCCGACAAGCUCCUCAGGCGGAUAUCACCUCUAGCGACGAUAGCCGGACUCGGUCUUGGCGUUUCUGGCGUCGGUGCACUCUACGGGGCAGCAGUGGCGCGUGCAGUCCUAGGCCCACUGGCUUCUGCCAGCCUCCUCAACAAACCACAGUGGUCAUGGCGCAUGUGGUCCUCUCUCUCGCUCGUUCCCUGGGCACUCAUGUUUUACAACUCAAACUUCCCAGACAAAUUCCCUGCGACUUAUUUCUUCGUGAUUCCUUACAGCUACAUCUUCCCAGUGCAGCCGAUAGACGUUGCUUGGCCACCCAGCCCAAUGCUUACGCUGGCUUGUGUACCCCCUCUCCGCGCGGCUUACGGGUGGUGUCGCGCGAGAUUGGCGGGAUGGUUCACUCCCGAAGCAGCACGCGGAGCGCGUCGGGAGACAUUCAGCAUAGCUGGUGCAGAGUUCCAGCUGCAGUAUGGCAAUGAUGACGAAGGUGAGGGUUUGGUGGAUGAAAACGAAAAUGAGAAUGAGGUUGGAAAUGGCGAUGAAAACAACCCACACGCACGAGACACUCAAUUCAGAUACAAACUCACGCUCUCCACCGUAUGCAGAUACCUCACAACCACCCUCGCCUGGCCUUUCGCUAGUCGUCUCCUCGCUGAUUUACUCCUUGGUGUACGCAUUCUCCACCCCGUCUUGGGAUACACGCAGAAAGUGGUGCGGAGGUCUCCCAUUCCUCUGUGCUUACGUGAUGCACAAGCUUGGGAGUUUGCGGGUGAUCCCGUGUGGCUGCGUACUGCCAUCGCUGCAGCCACAAUCACUCUCGCCAGCGAUUGCACCCAGAUGCUCUAUUCACGGUUGGAAUUGAGCGAGAAAGAGAGCAGAAGUGUGGAGAAUAAGAAGCAAACUGUGUAA